CUAUUACUAGUGCGAAAAAUAAAUAUGCGGAACCCUCAAUUCGUUUCUGGUGCGCUCCGCUCUCGUUUUUCCCUUUAGCUUUUCGUUGAGUUGAGGAGUAAUAUUAUUAGUACUAACACUGAGUUCUUCAGCUCUUUAUUGCAAUCUACUGGAGGGAUGAGUUCGUCUUCCGCGGAUCCUUUUCCAGCAAUUCAGGAAAUUAUGCUUGAAUUCCGUGCUGGUAAAAUGUUAUUCGAGGGAAAAAGGGUUGUCCCCGAUGCACGAAAAGGACUUGUUCGUAUUGCUAGGGGAGAGGAGGGAUUAGUCCAUUUUCAGUGGCUUGAUCGGACACAAAAUGUGGUUGAGGAUGAUCAAAUAAUAUUUCCAAAUGAAGCAAUUUUUGAGAAGGUUAACCAAGCUUCUGGAAGGAUUUACAUAUUGAAGUUUAAUGGUGAUGAUAGAAAGUUUUUCUUCUGGAUGCAGGAACCAAAUGCUGAUGGUGAUUCACAACUCUGUAGCUCAGUGAAUGAUUACCUUAACACACCAAUAGAGUUCCUUGGUGAAGAAGAGGCUGAUGGAUCCCUUCCUCUUCAAGUUUCUGAAGAUAUGAUUGAGGAUGAUAUCUCAUCUAGAGCUGCAAACCUGGUUGUCCCAAACUUGGGUAUGGAAGCAACUAGUGAUGUAACAUCUUCUGGUCCAGUUAAAUUGGCAGAUCUCCAAAGAAUAUUGAGUAACAUUGGACCUGCAGAUAUUCUUGAUCUUGACGGAGGCUUGGGACUUGGUGAUAUAUUGAAGCCAGAUCUAAUAAUGCCGUUGAUGGAUACAAUAUCUUUGGAGCAGCGUUUAGCUCCCUACUUACCUGAGGGCAAGUGGUCUCCAGAAGAUAUAUUGGAAUUGUUGCAGAGCCCACCUUUCCGUCAGCAAGUAGAUUCAUUUACUUAUGUACUUAAAACAGGACAGAUAGAUUUAACUCAGUUUGGAAUUAAUCCAAGCAAAUCAGACAAGUUCACAGUUUUGUCUUUUCUUGAGGCUCUUGAAGAUUCUGUUUCUGAAUCAUCAGAGGCAGAGGAAUCCAGACAAGAUCAAUCUUGUAACCGUCAUGACCCUAUGGAUGAAUCUAAGUAGCAAGGUUUCUUCCUUGUCUUCCCAUCCCCUCUCUUCCCCCUCCCUUCCUUUCUCUCCCCCUCCCUCCCCUUCCCUCCCCUUCCCUUUCCCUUCCCCUUAAAGUUUAAAGAUAAGACAUUGUUUUUUUUUAUAAACAUUUCUGCAUGAAAGAAAAAAAAAAAUUAAAGGGCAUUGAAAAAGGAUACUAAUUUACUUUGGAUCUUUUAAGGCAACAAUUAAUUAAAUUUUUAGCCAUUGUUUUCCUUUC